GAUUUUCCGCGGUCACACUGGUGGGCAUAUGUUGAAAAAUGGCUGACACAAAUUAAUUUUCAAGUGAUUUGUUUUGUGCAUUUUCGCUGGUGUUAAGGAUGAACUUGGGACAGCGACGCCUAAAGCCGACACCCUAAUUAAUUUGAGCACAAUGCUAAUUUAAUGCACGAAUCGAAAUACACUGAAAGGUGGGGAAAUCGGCUCCCGAAAUAAGAAGUGCCGUGGUGCGUGUGGAAAAGUACGAAUGUGGAAGACACAUAGAAUACAAAAGGGCCCGCUCUUAAGUCCAUACAUCUUGCAAAAGUGUACGUGUGUGUGUAAGCGGGGCAACAACAAAUUCGACGAAAAAGGCGCCAGAUUAAUGAGCUCGUGUUAAUCAGCGAAAAACCAUCAAGAAACCUAUUAAAAACGAGCCAACAAAAGCCGGCAAAUUGAACUAAAGGUUCUUGAUUUUAAUAAAAGACUGCGCUUGUGAAGAUUCAGGUAAUCAAGCACCUACCAAAACGCACACACCGCCGCAAUGAUGAACAACCAUUAUCAUUUGCAACACGAUCAUCCGCCACAAAACGUGGCACAUUCGUUUAUGCAGCAGCCGAGUGCUGCCGCAUCUGGAACAACUCCUGCCACGACCACCUCAUACGGCUACUUGCCACAGCAAUCUGGCCAGCAGCCGCAAUGGAUGACCACCACCUAUCAAAUCCUGCCACCCAACGGAGGACCCGCAACGGUAGCAAAACGUUACUAUGCCACCUCCGGGACACAGGCCUCACAUCCCAGCACUAUCCAGAUCACCAACAGCUUUGCCCAGCAGGUUACUCCAACGAAGCAACAGGCGGCAACAAGCUCCAGUCCUUUUAAGGCUAACAAUAUACGGAUUAUCUCGACGGCGCCGAGUGUCUACAGUCUGAACAAAUCGCCACAGGAUCCGCACUCCAUUUAUGCGCCCGUUCAGUCUUACUAUUUGCCUAGUGCCGGUAGCCAAACAGCUGGUCAACUUAACCUGAUGGCGGCCAGUGGAAAUGCCAAGCAACUGCAGCCGCCGCCUCUGGUCCCCGUGAGCAACUCCUCUUCGCCGCCUUCCACCGUGGUGCUGGACCGCAUCAAUAUUUGCAUCAAUAACCACUAUGCGGAAUCGCCCGCCGCUCUAAAUUCAUCGCUGACCACGGCUCAGCAACCGUCGCCCAUCAUACCGGCUAUUCAGCACAAGGCUAUUUUGCCCCUGAUCGACAGUAGCACAGCUGAUAGUAGCAGCUGCAGCAGUAGUUCUGUUUCCAGCAGCAGCUAUGGUGGGGGCACGACCACCUCAGCGGCCAUAGUAAUUGUGGAUGAGCCGGAUUCUACCACCACAACGCCCCAGACUCCACCAACUACCCCUGAGACUAUAAGUUCACCUGGAAAGAAUUCACCCUCCCCUCCGCUACUAGCCACGGAAUCGCUACUUAAGGCCGUCAGCCAACUGAAGCCUAGCUUCAAGGCCAUCGAAUCAGCACCACCCGCGCCUCCAACUCCUCCAUCUCCGCCACCGCCACCAGUUACUGCUCCUCCGCCGGCGGUCACAUAUGCCCUGCAGGAGGACGUCUUCAUUAAGUGCAGCGAUGGUAGGUUUUACCUGGGCACCAUAAUUGAGCAGACGAGCCAUCAGUUUCUUAUCCGCUUUGAUGAUCAGUCAGAGCAAUGGUGCGAACCGGAUAAAUUACGCAAAUUGGGCGGCGGAAGUUCACUAACCGGUGGCGGGGGAGCUGGCUCAAGUUCGGAUACUUCAAAUACCUCCACCACAGGACCCAUGUGCGUGGCCUGCAAGCGAGCAGACAUCGAAGAUGUGGUAGAAAUAUGCGAGCGUUGUGGACGUGGCUAUCAUCGUGGGUGCACUAUGGAAAUCGUUACCGGUAGUGGAAUUUGGAGCUGCAAGCGCUGCGCAAAACCAAUGAAAAUGCAGCACCCGGUAAACCACGAGAUUACUAAGCCUGUAGGAAUUUGCCAACAGUUACCCUACCAUGCGGAUAAGCUCAGCUGGGAUGAGAAGCAUCGGGUUAACGAGGAGCAGAUUUACUGCUACUGCGGCAAGCCUGGGAAAUUCGAUCAAAAUAUGCUGCAGUGCUGUAAGUGUCGCAACUGGUUCCACACCCAAUGCAUGCAGAACUUUAAGAGAAAGUUGUUGCGCGGCGACAUGUUUUUUGUAUUCUGCUGUACAGUGUGCAACAAAGGCGAGGAGUUUGUUCGACGUCUGCAGAUAAACUGGGUGGAUGUACUCCACAUUGCCCUGUACAAUCUGCGCAAACAUCAGCACCAGAAGUACCACCAUCUGUUGAAGGACAUUUGGCCCUUCAUACUCGAACAGCGCCACCAGUUGCCUAUCUGUGAUCAGUGGCGCACAAUGCCGGAGACGGCACUGAUGGAGCGUAUCAAGUUAACCCUAAAAGACAACUCGGAGAGAUUUGUUUGUGGCAGAGAGUUUAAAAGAGCGCCUGCUUUCUAUGCUCUGCGGCACAGUGGCCCUCCACUCACUCCCAAAGUGUUCCUAGAGCCACACGAGGAACUUUCCGAUGAGUUACUGAUAAAAGAGUUCAAAUUAAUUCUCUUUCCCGAGGAGUCCGUUGAAAAUCACCGAGAGCCUCUGAAAAGAGCUCCGAAAGACGUGUAUGAGUUCAACACGGAUGAAGAUGAGCAAGUUGAAACGAGCGAGGACGAGAUCCCCAUCAAGCAAAUCAUCGAAAAGGCAAAGAAGCAAGCUAGCCAAAAGGUGGAUGAGCAAGAUGAUCUGCUCCUAAAGCAAAAGCAGUCGGAACACAUCGAGGCGAGCGCUCUGGACCUCGCCGACGACAAUGCUAAUGAUGGCGAUCCCGGUAAACUGCCAGCACCCAUUCCACCGCUGCUGGACGCUAACAGUAGUCGCAAACGCAAAGCUUUCCGUUUGUCCAAGCGCUAUGACAACAGCCGCAACCACUGUGAUCUAUCAUCCGAUGAGAACUCAAGCAGCAGUCGGGGAACCAGUUCGCUGGACCUCAUCAUACCCCCACCGGCCAACUUUCUGGGGCGCAACAAUCCGUUCCUCAUGGCCACUCCAAAAAAAGCGUUGCAGGGACGAAGCAUCGGUAUGGGAGCUGGAGUUGGGAUGAAUGGGAUUAUCAACACCAUUUUCAAGCUUAAAGGCACCUCCAAGGAGCAACCGCGCAUGGUGCGCACAAUUAAGCGAAGACUGAGUGCCAAAGACAUAACAAUAGGACCCAAUCAGGAAGUGCGCAGGCGUCGCACCCGCCGCCUGACAACGGCCAUUGAGGUCAUCAGCACCACCACCAUCAAUCCCAUACCCAGCCACUAUCUUCCUCUCUAUGCCAAAGAUCUGCAGCCACCGGCGCCGCCAAUGGGAAAGCCAACGCACGGACGCCUCCUACGCCAGCGGCCGCAAAAGCUUUCUCCCAACCAGAGCCGCCGGAACUCAACCAGCUCUACGGCAACCACCAGCAGCAGCAAUGGUAUUGCAGCCCCAGGACAUUCCAUAAUGGAUCUGAAGCAGUCGGUGAACAAGUACUUCGGCGGCGCCAUUAAUCGAAUAGAUGCUGGUGAACCGUUUGCAAUUCGAGCCAAGCGCCGCAUGGGAAACGGACAGGUCCAGUAUCUAGUUGAAUGGGGAGGAGAUGCUGCGGCAACGGCUGUCGGAUCGAUGGGAAACUAGACUCUUGGCAUACCGACUCAUGUUUACAUUUAUGUUUAUCAUUUUCCUGCGUUAUUCUUUAUUAAUGUUCGCUGCCAGCUCCGGGCCUCUUUAUUUGUUAACGUUUAAAAGUUUAUUACCACUGCCAAAAUAGCAAAAGAAUGUUCAAAAUAUUGGUUCAGCAUUAAAGCGGUAUACUGUUAAAUUGUAAAAAAAAAAUGCAAAAAGCAACUAAAUACAGGUUAUAAUUGUGCAAUGGCAGUUAAGUGUUGCAGCAAAACUUAAAAAGGUCCACGAAAUUGGUAAAAGUAUUACAAUAUUAAUCUGGAAUCCUAUGUAACAUUCGCUGCUGAAUGAGUUUGUAUUAAAUAAUGUCUAUCAAACGAAAACGAUUCGCUAAGUUCAGUACUAUACUUUAGUUUUAUGCCCAUGUAUAUUUUUGAAAAAUAUAUAUUAAAAAGGGAAACUCUCAAACAAAUCAUGUUAUGCAUACAAAAAAUACUUGAUAUACAUAAACACAAAUUCGAUAAUAUUUAGGACUAGUUCAAUAAUUCGUUCCCAUAGAUUAGGGAAAACAAACAUUAAUGAAUUAAGAAAUUACAUUUUAUGUUUACCAAUUAAAAAAUAGAACAACAAAAUCAAAAUUGAGUUGAACGCAAACAAAAUCUCAAGCUGACAUUGACGUACAUAUAUGUUAGGCUAAACCAGAGCGAAAAAUGUUCUUAACGAAGUAUAUAAUGCCCAAAUAAAUGUUUCGAAAAAGUG